AUGUUGAUAUUAGAAACCCACAUAGUAGGAUUCCGUGGUGCUGGAGUGGUAGCCAAGGUAUUUAGAGAACCCCUUGAUCCAGUUACCUCUAUCAUCACGCAUGAUUCUGCCAUAGGAUGCAGCUCCAUUAGAACCGACAACUCCAUCAACAUCAAGACGGAUCCAACCUGUGUCUGGAGGUCUCCAACGUGUUUCAAAUCUUUUCCCCUCACGGGUAAAAAGCUUCAAAUCCAUCUGAUAUUUGGGUCUCGGAAUGGAGAGGUCUCUCUGUAUUUGGCUUCUUCUGAAACCUUAGCCAUUGCCAUCACCACUCUCAGUGCCGCCUCAGCCCUCUGGUCUCCCCUCUUGUCGUCUCCUCUACACCCGCCUUGGCUCUAUUUCUGCUUAUUGUCGCUAUCCUUCACUGUUUUUCUUCUUUCUCUCGCCGCAAUAUUGGCUUUGUUUCAGCAUGGACUCUAUUUUGCUUUCCUUUCUUCUCCUUUCUUGCCUUAUGGAAUGGGCAACGAUUCACUAAUUCUCUGUCUUCAAUGCUGGCGAAUGCAGCUAAUGGAACAGAGCUUCUUCAAAGCUGAGACGACUAUCAUAACAAGUAGUCUCAAGUUGGAUGCAGCACUUACAUUAACCCAUGUAGUCUUUUCUGUUACUAUCAAUUUGGGUGGUGUUAAGAUGUUAGCUUGGUUUGUUCUGGUUUUUUAUUGUUGUCUUGUGUUUUUAUGGUGUAAUAGCUUUUAGUACUCAAAUCCCAAAUUAACCUUGUUUAAUUUACGUUUUUUUAUUA